UUCUUUCAGAUGCAGAGAAAACAGAAGGAAAAGACAAGCUUGACAAACCAGAUAAAAGAAUUUGAAGACCGAAUUAAAGCUAUGUCUGACCACCUGAAAAAUGUCAAACAGGAGUUAAACUACACUCAGGUAACAUGUUAAAACUGUAAAUUGAGUUUGACAAAUCUAGGAAUCCAUAUGUUUUUUCCCAUUUACAAAUACAUUUUGAAUUGUAAUGAUUUCAAGGCAGCAUUAGAAACCACUAAGCAGUUCACAAUUCUGUAUUAACAUGGGGAAAAAAAUAUAUUCUAAACCUGAAAAGAGGGUAGUCUUCAUACUAUUUACAUACCCCACAAUUUUGUAUGCUGUGAAACUAGAUGCCGGGGGAAUUCAGCUAUGUGAUUUGUCACUCUGUACUUUAAUCAAGUAAGCUGGCCCACCAAAAGUGGACAAUGUAUCAGUACUCUCCAGUAGCAUACACACAAUCCAUGGGGAAACACACUAUGCUGCGACCUCUGCGACCGCGGUAUGUACGCAACUGGUACUCUCCACAGGUUCCUAAUGACUUGAGCAUAGUGCUCAUGCCAUGCAUCUUAGGAAACAAGAUUGGAUCAGUGGGAAAAGAACCAAAAGUCAGGACUUGCCCCAUUGAAAUCAAGAUGGUUGUGAGCCCUGUGGUUAACUUCUAUAUACAUUCUUAGUACUUUGCUAGGAUUCUAAUAUUGGCAAACAUGCAGUCUAUUGAAUAUAUAAAGUUAUAAUAACAAAAAAAAUUUUUUUAAAUGUUAGAUACCUUUUACAAGCAAUGAGAGUGGUACAGCAUUAAAGAUGAUAUCCAAAUGCUGUGAGAAUUUUCUUUUAGUGUGAGUCAGGGCUCGUUUGGUAUCAUUACUAGGGAUGUGCAUGGGCCAAAAAUUCAGUUCGGUUCAGCACUUCCGAAAUUCGGGACUUCAGCAAUUUGGGUCUUCGGCACUUCAGUUAUGCACUUCCGAAAUUUGGGACUUCGGCAAUUUGGCCCUUCGGCGGUUCCGAAAUUCGGGAAUUCUGCAGUUCGAGACUUUGGGAAUUCCCUAACCUUACCUCUAUCCCUAACCCUUACCCUACCGCUAACCCUACCUCUACCCCUAACCCUACCUCUAUCCCAAACCCUUACCCUAACCAUACUCAUAACACUACCCCUAACCCUACCUCUAUCCCAAACCCUUACCCUAACCAUACUCAUAACACUACCCCUAACCCUACCCCUACCCCUAACCCUACUAGUGGUAGGGGUAGGGUUAGGGUUAGAGGAAGGUUGGGGUAAGGGUUAGGGGAGGGGUUAAAUUAAAUAGAGGCCUUAGAUUCAGAUUCAACUUUAUUAUCGAUGUACAAUGUACAUACAAGGACAAUGAACAGUUGACCUCUGAUGAGAAAUGCAGCAGCAAUUAAUAAAAAUACCAUAACUAUAUACCAAAUAUAAAAAAUACUAUAACUAAUACCAAAGUACUUUUAUCAUUGAUAAAAAGUUAUUAAAAACCUAAUAAUACAUUGACAUUACACAAUAUCAAAUUAAACAAUGCAACCCAUAGCCCCCAAUCUAAGUAAAAUAUCUAUUCCAUUUAAAAAAAAAAAUUUGAAAAAAUUCUUAAAAAAAAGAUACAUUUGCAAUAAGUGUGCCAAACUACCAUACAGUUAAUACAUAUAGGGCAAAUAAAUUACUCAAUCCUUAGCAAUAUACCUUUAUCAUGUGAAAAAGAAAAAACUCUUAAGCGUGAUUACGUGGCCUAUUGAUCCAGUCAUGUAUCUGCAAUUCAUAGUUUAGUGAAUUUAUAAAAAAACUGUUUGUAGAAAUAAAUAAACAACUAAAUAACUUAAAGGAACAUUAUAGUCACCUAAAUUACUUUAGCUAAAUAAAGCAGUUUUAGUGUAUAGAUCAUUCCCCUGCAAUUUCACUGCUCAAUUCACUGUCAUUUAGGAGUUAAAUCACUUUGUUUCUGUUUAUGCAGCCCUAGCCACACCUCCCCUGGCUAUGAUUGACAGAGCCUGCAUGAAAAAAAAAACUGGUUUCACUUUCAAACAGAUGUAAUUUACCUUAAAUAAUUGUAUCUCAAUCUCUAAAUUGAACUUUAAUCACAUACAGGAGGCUCUUGCAGUGUCUAGCAAGCUAUUAACAUAGCAGGGGAUAAGAAAAUCUUAAUUAAACAGUACUUGCAAUAAAGAAAGCCUAAAUAGGGCUCUCUUUACAGGAAGUGUUUAUGGAGGCUGUGCAAGUCACAUGCAGGGAGGUGUGACUAGGGUUCAUAAACAAAGGGAUUUAACUCCUAAAUGGCAGAGGAUUGAGCAGUGAGGCUGCAGGGGCAUGUUCUAUACACCAAAACUGCUUCAUUAAGCUAAAGUUGUUCAGGUGACUAUAGUGUCCCUUUAAAUAUGACAGAAACAGAGGUUUCUUAUACUAUUUGCAAAAUGUAAUAUGUAGCAGUGUUUCUGGUGCUAAGGACUGUGCUAACAUUUGUUAAAUACAGAGGAUAUGUAAACAUAUUAUAAAAAAAACAAAACAUGAGAAGUUAAAUAUAAUACAAUACACAAUUUCAGUAAUAUUUGAGGUGUACAAGGCUACAUUAAAGAAUUUAUUAAAUCAAAAAGGCAAACUAGAAGGGACAAUUAGUGCCUAUUGUAUUAAAUUACAUUUACAUUUCUAAAUAAGUGUAUGAAUACAGCCAGUGAGUUAUCUAUGUUUGUGACAAAAUAGGAAUCAGAACAUUGUGUCAUUAUGGUAAUAACUAUUUUAUUUUUAAUUUUACUUCCUUUUGUUAUUUCAUUAUAAUAGCAAAGCAUACCUAGGCCAUAGCCUUAUUUAAAUAACAUAAUUCAGAAGCAAUGGAAUCAAUGGAACUUGUAUAUAAAAGCUCAGUGUUGUGAAUAGUUUCAUUGUGGUUACAUCAGUCAAACACUCGCUUAAUUAUAUCUUCCAUACAUACUGAUUUCGUAAUUUAAUAUGUUUACAGGAGUGUUUUGCAUUUUCUGAUUAGACUGAUAAGAGGAAAUUGAAUUGAUAACUCUUUUACAGUCCCUGUGUAGGGCAAAAGAGAACGAAACGGAAAGUGAAGAACACUUUAAGGCUCUUUCUGAAAGGGAAAUUGGUAGGCUCAAACAAGAAAUUCAGAGACUGGAAAAUGAACUUGGGUCCUUGAAAGAGAAGAGAAAUAAUCAAGAAGUAAGCUUUGCACAUAUAUUUCAUUUAUUUUUGCAGACAAUUAUAUGUUCAAGGUGAAUGGAAUUCUGUUAGGAGAGGUUUUUGUGUAAUAACCUUGUGUCUGAUAUCUAGAUUAGAAUGAAAGGCUGAACAUUCACUGUCAUACGAAAGCACAAAAUAUAUAUUAAUACUCUGGGAAUUAGUGUUUUACAAGAAUAAUCCAAUUACCUGCACAUCUAACAUAUGGUCUGAUAAAUCUUUAAAGUUCAUCUGCAUGAUUUACUGUGUUAUAUGGUUAGUCUGGGUAACUUAUACAGUUCCAUCGUUGUUGGUGUUUGGGUUGUCUUUGUGUAGGGCAACAAAAGCACAACCUGCACAUCCUGGGUCAUUGUGUAUAUAGGUUAGUGCGUUGAACUCCUUGAAAAAUAACAAUUAUCAUUGUAACAUUUGAUGUAUGUUUUAGAAUGAUAUUUUCAAAGCAACAGAAAAACUGGAUAAUUUGAAGAGUCAGCUGAACUGGGACCAACAGGCGUUGGAAGCUUGGCUAGAAGAAUCUGCUCGCAGAGAUGAAGACUUGGUUGCGAUCCAGAAAUAUGCUCAAAAAGAUGAUGGAAAAAUUAAAGUAAGUAAUAAUUUUUUUUGGUUCAUGUAAAAUUUUCAGUUUACAAAUUGUAAAUUGUAACUGUGGUGAUUUUUCCCCCCUGAUUAUUGGUUUGAAAAGAGAAAUUGUGUUAAAGAUAUUUUGUAUUCUGUAGGAGCUGUCCCUGAGGAUUGAACGGAUGACAAUGGAGGCUAACCAAAAACGCAAAGUUUUAGACAACGAGCUCACAGAAACCAUCACUGCACAGGUGUGAUCAAAUGUACAUACUUACAUACUUUAACUUCAAAACACGUGAUAUAUCAGAACCGGAGAACAUCACCAUUUGCUGCACUGUAUAGUUAUAUUAACGUUUCAUGACAUGCUCAGAAGCAAUACUUAGUCCAACUGCUUAAAAGACAAGAACAAUUUCACACAAUAUUUGUGAAAAAAGAAAGGCAAUCAGACAUACAAAGUUGUAUUUAUAUAAUUCUUUGAUAAGCUUAUAUUAAACGUAACAUUUUGCGGUAUUGUUUACUUUUGCAGGAAAUAUCAAAACAAGCAUUUUAUGAUAUAUGUGUAAUAAAUUUGUUUUACAGAUUGAACUAGAUAAAACGGCUGAAGAUUUUCGUAAAGCACACUCAGAACGGCAACAGCUCAUCCAACAGUGGGAAAACACUAUUGAACAAAUGCAGAAAAGGGACAAAGAAAUUGACCACUGUGCACUGGUUAGUAUUUUAGACAGAUCUGCUAUGACACAAUAAACAUACUUAAAAGAACACUAUAGGGUCAGGAACACAAACAUGUGUUCCUGACCCAAUUGUAUUAAAACCACCAUCUAGCCCCCACCCUUGUCACCCUAAAUAUAGAAAAAUCUUACUUUUAUUCAAAUUUGCAGCUGCUGCCUCUGUCCCUGAUCUGCCUGCUUGGCUGAUAUCAUCAGAAGUGAUUCUUUGAGUCACUCACAAUGCUUUCCCAUAGGAUUGGCUGAGACUGUCAACGGGGCAGAUCAGGGGCAGAGCCAGCACAAGUCAAAAACAGUCCUGACCAAUCAGCAUUUCCUCAUAGAGAUGAAUUGAAUCAAUGCAUCUCCAUGCAUAGGGUGGAGACACUGAAUGGAAGUGCUGCACAGUGUGCAGCAUUACCCCAGGAAGCACUUCUAUUAGCCAUCGGAGGAGUGGCCAGUGGAGGUAUCCUUAGGCUGUAAAGUAAAUACUGCAUUUUCUCUGAAACGAUAUAUAAACAUUUUUUAACUGUUUUGAACACUGUAUUUCAUCAGGGACACUGAAUGCACACUCUAGGCAACAACACAACUUAAAUUGCCAUCUUUUGAUGUUCACGCUGUAUUUUUCUCCAUAUCCAUGUCUCACUAGUUUUAAUCUUCUACUUUCAGUCUUUAGCCAAGCCACUCCUUUUACAAAACGUCAUCCUAUAGCAGCUGAGUAAUUGAGUACUUCCGUUUGGGAAGGCAUUUUCUUAAAAUGGAAGGUUUGUCUAAAUCAGUGGGUUUGCUCUAGACAACAGAUGUUUUUGUUCUAAAGAGAUUUAAAGAGGAAGAAAAUACAGCGUGAAAAUGAUGCCAAAAUCCUUUAGAUUUAAAUUGAAAAUUUAACCUGGGCCCUCCAUCGUCCUAUUACAGCGUAUCCAAAAGAAAUCCACCACAACCUUGUUGUUUUGUGACUUUUAACUGUGCCUGUCUUGCUACUUAGACACACCACUAACAUUCAUUUCUUCCCAUAACACCUUAAAUGAAAACUGUAAAACUUUCUUGUUUUUUUAUAACAUUUAAUGAAAUUAAUUAUAUAUUUUAAACAUUGUAUAUUGCUUUUUUUGAGGAGAUUUCACUUUAUCUGGCUGAACAGCUAUGCUGUGCCCGACUCUAUUGUUGUUUGAACAACGUGUGCUCAACCUAACUUGCCUGUUGCUUCAGUUUCAAAAAGUUCAAUCACAGCAGCAGGCUAGGUAGGUUGAACAGAAGUUAGUGAGAUAGUAGAGUCUGCCCCGGCACAGCUGCUCAGUCAGAUAAAACAUGUCAUUUUCAAAUAAAGUAUAUUAGGUUUCAUUAAAUGUAAUAAACUUUUUAAAAAAUGAAACGCAAAAAUGUUAUGAUGCUUGUCUUUUAAAAUAAUCUACCCAAGGAGGCGUAUUAGUCACUCUUGCUACUGUAGGAUCACUGGAAACCCAUAUUGAUCCUCUAUCAUACAUCAGUAGCUCCAUUCAGACUUUACCUCUAAGUAUUAUAGAUUUGUUCACUGUUGAUUGCAUGCCAAUUUGUUUACAACCAAGAAUGUAUGAUUAACACUUUCACAUUAAACUUUGUAACAGCUUCUAGCCCAGGUGAAACAGGAACUGAGAGAGAGAGAAGGCGUUAUCAAAGAAAAAAUGCAGUUUUUGACAAGUGAGAUAGACAAUAAUAAAGAAUAUGAAAAUAAAAUCUCCAAUGCAGAAAGGAAGGCUGCCAGGCUUAGACUGGACUAUCAGGAACAAGAAGCCGUACGAAAUCAACUAAAAAACGAGGUAAUCUUAACCAUUUAUAGUCUUUUUGUAGAUAAAAGAAAAAAAUGGAAGUCUAUAUUGUCCAUCACUGUUGAUGAUAAGUGAACAAAUAUUGUUUCUGUAGAUAACUUUGGCACAAGUCAGCAAAAUAAUUUUUGAGACCUGAGUGGGGACUAACUGUAGCGCAAGCUACUGAGUUUCUCUAGGCUUUUGCCCGUUAUCAGAGUUCUCAUAUUCUCUCUUUUUGUUAUUAAAAAAAUAAAAAGCAAUACGGAGAGCAAGGGUGAUGCAAAGGGCAGCAUUUGAUAGUGAAAUGGAUCAGAGACAAUGCAAGAGAGAGAAACAGCACAUUGAAACAAGACAGUGAUGAUGAGAAAAGUAGAACAAAGAGGGCAGAAUAACAGUGCUAAAGGGUAAAUGGCAAGAAAGGCUAGGAAACCAAUAAUGGCAAAUUGAAGAAAGGAAGAGUUACAGACACUAAAGUGAAAGAUGCAGAUAUUAAAGAAAACAAAAACAAAAUGAGAGUAUCCUGAAGAGCCACAAAAUAUUGUAGGGUAAAGAGAGUAAACUAUUAGGAAAAGAUAAGGAAAGCUCAACCUAACAAGUUUUUCAACAAGUCUCAACAAAACAGUCUUUAUGAAAAUUCACUGCUUUGCAAUAGUGAAGAUAUCCAGAAUGUGGGGUUUGUUUGUGAACAUGUAAUAAUGAUACGAUAUAUAUUCAUUUUCAUCGACAGCUGGACACAUUGAAAGUUACUGUUGAUAGGACAGCUACAGAGUUAGAGAUUAUGCGAACACAAGUUGCCAACCUGAAAAAAGAGAUCCAGAAUAAACAAAACAGGUACAAUUCACAUUGAACUAUUGUUUGGAAAUGAGCACUGGAUAUAUAUUAUAUUUAUUUUUUAUUUAAGUUUUGUGUUCCCUCUCCAAUCUAUAUACUCAGUGAAUGAGUACAAAUGAAAAUAUGUUACAAUUACAUAUAAUGCACUUAUAAUAAAUGAUAAAUUACAAUUAUAAAUAAGCCCAUUCAUUCCAGAAGUAUAGGACACUAGAAAAGGUGCAGUACCUAAAACUUAAAGCAUAUUCAUUUUACAGGAUCAAUAUGGCAAAUGAAUAUAAUGAUGGUCUCACUGAAAAACUGAAGUUUGUGACUGAGUCGGCAAUGAGUUUGGAAGAGAGAGCUUUACGCAUGGAAGAGAUGCUGAAAGAACAAGAAAAAACAGUCAAGGUACAUACAUCUGUAUGAGUUUCAUGAUGUAAUGAAAAUAUACAAUAUAAACGUACACCAAAGAUUUGUGUUUAUGACAUCUGGGCAUAGCUAUAAUAGACUUAUUAUGAUUAGUAAUUAUAUAGCACCAUCAUAUUUUGAGGCACUUUACAAUUAUAUAGUGGGGUAAUUGACAGACAGAGAAACAAAUGACAGACACAACUGGGCCCUACGCAAACUAGCUUACAAUCUAGAAUACAUGGUGCCUCUAUCAAAGACACGCUCCAAAUUUAAUUUGUCAUCAAGUAUUAUCUUCUUGUUUUUUACUGAAAUAAUCGACUAGAAAUAAAAUAACCCCAAGUUUCUGAUCUCUUAUCAUCAGUGAACACAGAGCAAUGAUGAUUCGCAUACAGAAUAAUCUGGUCUAACUACUGAUAGAAUUGCAUAUAACUGUUACAAAAUAGGUCAGUUUUGAAAGCAUAUCAGGUGAAAUGAUAGCUAUGGCAUUUUAAUCCAUUUUUCAUCAACAGUUGCUUUUUAAAAUGCAAUGACCUGAGUUUUUCUCAUAACCAUUUUGGAGUGGCCCUGUUGUUUUUCCAGCACCAUGGGAGAGAUAUCUUUAGCAAGUAAAAUAUACAUAGCAAAGUUGGGUACGAUUGGUUUAGUAUGAGUUAUUAUGAAAAAAAGGAACUUAAUGAGAUGCUUUCCUUGUUUCGCUGCUAUCUAUAGGAUAAUAAUACAAUGCAAAAAGAGGACAGGAAAAAAAUGCAAGAAAUGGGAAAAUAUAGAAGAUGUUAAUUUUAAAAUGGCAUCCAUUUAAAAUUUAAAGAUCAAUUCUAGGCCAUGUGACUGCUUACUAUUGAUAUGACUUACUUGGAGCUUUUAGUGAAAAAGCUACAGACAGUUCUUGUUGGACAUACAAAGCUUGUUGUUUGGCAAUAUUCUAUUCUUAUUAUAGAGAACUCUGCAAUAUAGUUGUGAAUAUACCUGAGAACGUUAUCUUACUCUUGUAAUUGUGUCCCUAGGAUUUUGAAACCCAAUUAAAACAGAUACGAGAGCUUCAUUUCAAGAAAUCCCAAGAACUGCAUGAACACAAAUCAAACGAAAAGAACAUCAUGGCAGAAAUUAAUGGAGGUCAAGUUUCAUUGAGAAACCUUAAUAUCCAACUGCAGAAGUUUGACCUGCAGGCUUUGAAACAACAGGGGAUCAUGUACAAUCUGGUAAAAAUGCUCUUACAUCCCGUUAGCAGGUUAUUUACAUAUUUACCGUAGUGGGUGAUAUACAUUAUGAGCAGCAGUUGUUAAUAGUUUGUAUUAUGUUUUAUAGUUGUCAUCAUUUGAGCUCAGAGGCAUGAGGAGUGGAGCUUUAGAAAAAUGAUUUUAUGUGAUCUCUGAAGUAGGAAAACAAAAUUGUUUUAAAUGUGAGACAUUAUGCACAUAACCUUUUUUCUUAUUUAGUAUUUAAUUUACCCAGACUGGGUUUUUACAUGUAGAACACUGAGCUCCAGAUUCAAUGAUGGUGUCACUUAAUAAAGUGAGAAUUCAAAGUGAAUUUGAAAUGUAAGGCCCGAGUAGCCAAACUGAAAGCAUAGUUGACAGGUUGGCUACUUUGACCUUAAAUUUUCAAUUCACUUUGAAUUCUCAUUUUAGUCAAUAAUUCUUUCACCAUUUAAACACAAUUAAAAUAAUACAUUAAAAUGAAUAAUUAUACUAAUGAGUUCUAAUGAGCAUACCAAAUAUUAUGUGCAGUAGCAGGUUCCUUUUAUCAUAAUAUUGUUUGUGAAUUCCCUUCUGUUUUUUAAUUGAUUUCCUGCUUAUGGCAAUCAUUUUGGAACAAGGAGUAAGAGAUUUGUAACUGCCUUCUAUGAGUGUGUAUUCUCUUGUGCAGGAUUUUAAGAUCCAGCAACUGGAGCGCAGACUGUCACGUUUAAAAGGAGAGGUCAACACUGAUGAAAAGCGUGCUUUGGAAAUGAAAAUCUCUGAACUUACCAAAGCAUUUGAAGAGCGUAAGACUGCUCUUAAUCUAAUAAAUGGGCAGCAUAAGAAACUGCAGGUAUUGUUAUAUGUUGUAAAAGAAAAUAUACUGAACUUAAUUUGUAUUUUGAAGUUACAAUUAACAUUUAGCUUUUACCAUUCUGUUACUAUGUGCUAUUUGUUCUUCCCACAUAAUUUGUUUUCGAUUUGUUAUAUUUUUGUCAAAAUGCCAGUACUGCUGAAGACAAAAAUGAGUAAAAUAUGAAUAGUGCUAAUGGCCAGACAUUAUUGGUAUGAAUUUAUAGACAACUGAUAAUAUAGUAUAGAAAAAAAUUGUGUUGAAUUAUUUUUGAACACAAAUAAAAUUGUAUCAUGAAAAGGAUGAUGUCCGUCAUAUCAAGCGGGACCUUGACAAGACUGGCCAGGAGAAAGGAGAUCUCAUCAAUAAGAUGGAGGAGUUCAAACUGUUUAACACAAUGACUGAAAAAGAACUGAAAAAGUUGAAAGCAUCAAAACAGGUAUAUUUUUGAAUUAUUUUUGUUUGGUUAUGGAUGGUCAGAAAUCCAUCCUGCAUAUGUCAUGAUUUAAAAUUCAGUCAAAUCUUUCGUUCACAUCAAGACUUGCAUUUUCAUCAUAUCAAGACAAAAAACUAAUGCAUUAUUUUGUUACCAUGUUAUUAAAGGAUUUGAUGGUUGAAGACAACAUCCUGAAGCUGGAAAUCAAGCGACUGAGGGAUAUGCUGUACAGUAAAGCAGAUGAUGUAUUUUCAUUGGAAAAACGCAGAUUGCAGCUGCAGACUGCAAUGAAAGAAAGGAGAGAAGAGAUUGCGAUUCAUAAAGAGAUGCUUAAAUCACAGGUCCGUUUGGUGGAUCAGGAGAGACAAAGCAUAAGGUACAAUUACAAUGCUGGCCUUGCAUCUUUUAUUCGAUAUUUUGCAGUUAUUUGUUCAUAUGUGACAAUAACAUGUCUAAUGAUAAUACUAUUUUUAUUAGUUAUGGCUUACCUUUGGUGCUACAGCCAUUUGGCUAGCUGUGACAGAGAAAUGUAGACCACACAACCGUAGUGCAAUUGGUUAUACAUUACUGCUCUGUGUAAUACUGUUUUAUAUUGCGUUGGAUACAAUUUCUUACUAUUGACAAUGUGUCAGUAAGUAAAAGACCAUCCCUGCAUCUGGCAUGUUGCCACUUACACAUGAUCCUAUUGAAGGCAAUAUCCCCACUAUACUUAAAAGGCUUGUGGCAAGCCUAUUAAAAUAGGACGACAAGAACAUGCCUCAAAAAUGAAAAGAAUUACCGUUAGAAACUAAUCAAGCUUUUAAUUUAAUGAGGAAUUGUCAUCAUUCACCCUAGGAGAAAAUAUGGGCAUUUACUAAAUUGAAAAGUGCAGGAGAGGUAAAAAAAAAAAAAGGAUUAAAAUGUAUUUACCUUUUACAGCAUUUAUGGUUUCUGUGUGUGUCUUCAUUCCACUAUGCUGUGAGUGUAUAUGGUUGUCAGCAUCUGUUCAAAGUUACCAUGCACAAACAAUCAGUGACAGCAUUGCAUGUAAUAUCACGGAAAAGAAAAGAAAGAGCAGAAGGGUUCUAUCACAAAACAUAGUACAACUCAUGUUGAAAUAAAAAAAUGGAAAAUACAAGUCAAGCAUAUAGUUUAUUUGUUGCAAUUGAAUAAUAUGUUAAGCAACAUGUUAUGUUGUAAAUAUAUAUUCAUCUUUUAGUUAGGUUGAUGUUUAAAAUAAAAUGCUAACACACAUAGAUCCAAAGGAAAAAUAAAAUGUUAAUUUAAUAUCUGCACCUACCUGUGUUAGCCAUCAAAACCUAUAUGUCACGAGGACCAAGUUCUAACUGUAUUUUCCUUUGUGUCUUCUCUAGCUAGCUCUAACUGAACAAUUUCAUAUCGGUAGCAAACUGCCAAUCUCUACUAUUGCACUGAUAUAAACACACAACACCAAGUAAAAUUAAAUUAAAUUAAAUAGUACAAGUAUUAUAAUUUACUAGGAAAUGAACAAGUUCAAUAUAAUGAACUAGGAAAUAUAAGGAGGACUCCCUUAUAACCAGGGGAGAUCUGAUACAAUGGAUCACAAUACGUUUGGGGGAGGGAACAUAACUGUUUUCAUUAAAUGCUGAAUUGUAGUGAAUUAAAAGCUAAAUCCUAACAGUAAGGCAAAAAAUGCAUAUCUGGAAACAUUCUCUAUCUUAGAUUUAAUCAUAGCUUGGCUAUGUUGUAGUUCCUUUUUAAAUUCAAUACAACAAUGUUUAUACUUGGGUAUAUAUGUUUUUGUUUUUAUAUUUGUAGAUUGAUGUUGAAUAUCUUCCCAUGUAACUCUAGCAGUAAAUUAACAUCUUAGUGUUAGUGCACCCCUGUUGAAUUGUUUUUAGAAAGACCAGUCAUUUAAUGCUACACCUCCUUUCACUGUCUAGCUCAGAGCUGCAUGACAGACUUGCAAAAGUAGAUAAAAUGAGGAAGAGAUAUGAAAUCCUAACUAUCGCAAUGAUGCCUCCUGAGGGAGAAGAGGAGAAAUCCCAGGCAUACUACAUAAUUAAGGUAAAUUAAUAGAUCAGCCAUAAAGUGGUCAUAAUUAAACGGCACAUGUAAAUAAAUUAGUGUUCUUGUUUUAUAAUGAUUUUUCAAAAGCUAUUCAUUGGCAGUACUUAAUUUCAAACACUUCAAUCUUUCUGCAUUAGCACUUUUAUUCUAUUCAUGCAUUAAAUACUCACAGUCUGACAUUUUUUUUCAAAGUAUGAUGAGAUUAAGAUAUAUCUUAAUUAGUUGAGCAAUCAUUUUUAGUUUUCUAAUUAUACAUGUUUUUAUUUGUUCUUUUAAUAUUUCAAAGAUUCAUUUCAGAAUGUUUCUUUGCCAUUAUUUUUUUUUUAAAUGUAAUUAUAAUCAUAAUUCUGAUUAUUAGACAAAUAUUCCAUUAUUUACAAAAAACUCAAAUUAACCAGACAUCACUAUGAGGAAAUACCCACUCAGGAUCUAUUCAAAUGUUUGAUAACAAAAGAAAGUCAAUUGGCUAUUUAUGUUCUAUGUCCGUUACUGUGGGCCCCUCACCCCCAGACCUGUGGACUUAGGAAGAGUGGACCUGCCAUUUGUUAGAGAGGGUGCAGGAUGUUCUAUUUCUUCUCCUCCUGGUUUGCGCUCUGUACAAGCUGCAACUGCAAAGUUCUCUAUGUGUGCUGUUCAACUGUGUGGUCUAGGUGUCAGGAUGCGGGUCAGUGAGAUUGCGACUUACCUCAGGGAGUCCUCUGGCUUUAUGGAGGAUCGGUUCCAUCAGGAAACACUGCCUGCUUUUAAUCCCCACCAUCUACAGACUAAGUGCGCAGCUUUCAGAGUGUUCUGCAAGGGUUGGUAACUGGCUGCAAGGGUUUUGGGUGUAAGUGCAUGUGUAUUAUCCUUAUAUUAGGUUUAAGUAUAGGUUCCAGGAGAAUUGUGCACACAAUCUAUGGUGCUUACUGGAUUCAUGGGGCACAUUGUCGGUUACUAUAUGAUGAGCAGUUUCGGGUAAAAUUGGAAUUCUACCAUCCCUCUAUUGCGACAUUAUAGAUAGAAGUCUUUGGCUUUUGUUAAUGAUCCAACAAAGAACAGAGCUGUCCCCUUGACCUUUUUGACCAUCUCCUGACCAGACGUCACCAUUACAAAGGGAGUCUGUUGGUUGUUUAAGAAGUGUCAUUGUAGUCAUAAGUGCACACAGUGCAGUUUUGUCCAUCUAGUAAACAGAUGUUUUGAAAACUUGAGAACUGCCCGUGGUACAUGAGACCUUCUAAAGGAGAGGACACAGUGGAUGUAUUAAAAAUGGACAGAUGACUAACAAUGUACCCCAGAGAUAGAGGAGUUCCAUCAUUUAUGGAAUGGUCUUUCAUAUGGUAUUUUGGUUCCAUUUUCUCUCAGGCCCCUUUAGUGCCUCUCCGUACCCUAAUUGAAAUCUUGCCCCUAGAAUUGGUCCCUAAGAAAAAGCAGGGCAAAUUUCCCAACUCCUUCCCAACUGAUUCAUUGUUUAAUGGCAUUAAUAAUAGUUUUACCAAUAAACAAAUUGACCCAGGUGAGGAUUGUUUCCCAUAUUGGUGAGGUCGAGGAACCCUGUGGCAAAUACUACAUAAUUAGUCUUUGUCUGUAGACUCUAUAAUACUUAAAAAAAAUGUGGUAUUUGGAUAUAGAUCUUACGCAAUCAAAACACUAUACUUAAUAUUUUUUUUCAGGCUGCUCAGGAAAAGGAAGAAAUGCAGCGUACAGGUGACGACUUGGAUGCUAAAAUUCGAAAAGCUGAAAAAGAAAUCAACGCAUUAGAGAAUACUCUUCAGAUUAUUAAUGGCUGUAACAACUCCUAUCGAAAAUCUUUUAAUAAAGUCACUGAAACAAGUAAGUCUAAAUUCCAUACAUAAACAAGUGGAAUUGAAGCUGCAUUUAUGGUGGAGCUUAAAUUCAAUUUUAAAAUGCAACAAAAAGUACUCAAAAAGAAAACAGUGGACAGGGGCGGUACAAAGGGGAGGGGUGUGCCGCCAUUUUCUGUCUGUUACCAGCAUUCUGGUGUCAGAUGCCAAUUUUGCACAGAAUUGACAUUAGCCAGCCUGAAAGUUUGACACUGCUGGAGCUGUAUGUGCAGUGUUUCAUAGUUAAAUGAUACACGGAACAACUCCAGGCACAAUGACCAAUUCAAAUCAUUCAAGUAGUCAUGGUGCUUAAAGUAAACGUGAAUUUACAAUUUAGGCCAAAGUGGCAGAAUUGGGAACAAAACAACUGUUUUCAGGUCACGUAUAUUGGACAAAUUCUGUGUGUAACUUUGCUUGUUCCUUGUUUAAUGUCAGGUGAAGAGUAUGAAGAAAAGGUUCAGCUGGACGAGCAAAAAAAAGCUGCUGAAGAGAAGUACAGGUACAAACGAAAGCAGAUUCGAGAGCUACAAGCAGACAUACAGGUGAGUUGUGUGUAAAUAGUAAUGCACUGGAUUGAGAACACCGUUUACAGUUUUCAAAUAAAUCCAUUCUUUAAAAGUUAUACAUAGCAUUCAUUCUUCUAGAGGAAGUGGUUAAUGUAUUUACCUUUUCAUAAGGGUAGCAAGUAACAUGUUAGUAUAUAUACCUUCAAAUAGCUACAUGAAAUAUACCCAUGAAUAUCCAUGAAUUAAAAAAGUAGCUUAUCUGGCAACAAAUCCCUGGAAUCCAAUUCUCCUGUGUUGCCAGUACAUAGAUGCAAAUUUUAUAGUGGAGCUGUCCCAGGAUUAUUAAUAGUAUGCUUACUUAUCCACUAUAUUUAACAAUAUUUAUAUUGUGAGCUGUGAAAAAUAAAAUGUCUUAUUCAGGCAACAAUUCACCCCCAUCUUUGUUCCCAUUCUGUCAUUGUUAUAAGCUCUGUCCUGUGCAUCUGGCAGUCAGCACAAAGAAAUAAUGCAGUGAAAAGGAGAAUUAAAACAACGUGUCUCUAUUUCUUCCUCAUUUGCAAUGUGUGCCUUGGCUAUGUCUGGACUGAACUGGAUUGUGAAGUCAUUAGCUAAAUAUUUAAUAGACAUUUAAAAGAAAAUAGAGCAUCCCAUGAAAAAUAUAAUUAUUGGUGACUUUAUUAAUGGGUGGUGUGAUUUCCACAGCAGUGAUCAUUCCCCUUUAAUCAAAUCCGUUGUCUCUGAAUUAAUUUAAUUACUUUCAAUGUGCAUUAGUGAGAACACAUCUUUCUUAAAGAUUAAUAGGAGUUACUGAACUUAGGAGUUAAAGAUUGAUGGGAGUUACUGGAGAGCCAGUAGACACACUUAAAUGAAACCAGUGGCAUUCUAAUAUGAUCUAUUGCAUGCCUAUAAGGGAUACCUUACACAAAGGCAGUAGUAGUGAGAGUACCUAUACAUGUUUAGUUUUACUGGUGUGCUUAAAAUAAUUGGAAUACUUAUUCAAGGAUGUUCUACAUUAAGUAAAAUACUCCUCAGGGUGUUUCUGACGCAACCAGCUUUUAUUCUCUUCCGACAAUAGGCUCCAAUCACCAAUGAUAGAGGUUACUUUUUGGAGCUAUUAUACUAAAUGUGUGUGUGAGUUUGGUACCAUAACAGCUGGAGUUUCAGAGAUAGUUCCCUACCAUUUACAGAGCCAUACACACAAACAAAUCAGUAGCUGGAAUUCCCAACUGGGCUGCAUUUUCCUACAGAUUCUGCCAGUCUGUUCCUGCUGCCAUCAGUUUAACCCCUUAAGGACACAUGACAUGUGUGACAUGUCAUGAUUCCCUUUUAUUCCAAAAGUUUGGUCCUUAAGGGGUUAAAUGAUGUAAUAGAUUCCCUGUGUGGUGCAUAAUAACUCCCUGUGUUAACUAUUUCUUAUGGAAUAGUUAGUUUUAAUCUUGUGUUAGCAGAGGGACAAGCUUGCUAAAACCCUCAGAAUCACUUAAAGGAACACUCUAGCAUUAAUAAUACAAACGUAUUCCUAGUGCUAUAAAGGCUUCUCACCCAACUCCGUUUGCAAAAAAACCUAUAUCACUCUUAUUGUAGCCCUCACCUCUAGCUGGUCUCUGUACUGCAAGUCUCACCUCCUUGCCUGAUGAUCUUAGCCAAUCCAGUGUUUCUCCAAGCUUUAGGAGGCUAGUGUUGUGCCAAUCAAAUGCUCUGUAGGAGUAGCAUUUGCUUGUUUGAAAGCCAGAUUUAUUUUUCUUUUAUUUUGAUACUGUGAUCAUGAUGAUACACAUUUGUAUGCUGGGUUGUUUUACAAUACAUAUUUCGCUGAAAUACAUAGUACUUUUUGUAAAUAUCACAGAUCUUCCAAAAUUGCUUGGUUUCCUAAGCAACAGCUUACUUUUUUUUAACUUAAGUGAACAGUAUUUUUUCCAAGCUUGGUAGCUGACAUAAUGAAAAGGGGGACUUAUUAAGCUAUAAAUAUAAUUUUAAAUUAAACAAAACCUUGCUUAAGCCAUCAAAUACGGAAUCCAGCUGAAUUUACAGAUAUAGUAUCUACUCAGCAUUAGAAGAGAAAAACGAGUGUGUUACUUUUUCAAAUAUGAUAAAGCAGUUUUAAGUCCAGAAAACCAAAACCUGUAUAAAGUUAAAGGAGAGUACUUUAUUGCAGGUUAUGAAGAACACUUUUGAUAGCAUGAUGAAAGAAGAAGCGUCCUAUGAGGACAAGGUGAAUGAAAUGCUUCCGAGCAUCACACAGCUUAACAAAGAAACAGAGGACCAAAAGCAGAAGCUAGAACGGGUGAUGAAACAGGUUAGUGCUUCCAUUUUUGUGUAGUAACACUUUGUAUGCUUAUGUGAAAGCCAGUUAUAUAGCUCAACCUUGAGCCCUAUAUGUUUAUAAAGCACAUUUUCCGUAGUUCAUAUCAAUCCUACUGUUUUUAGUAAAUAACCCUGACAUAACAUAAGAAAAAUAUAUAAAAUGCCCAGAUAACUACAUAUCCUAACAUACUGUCUUACAGUAUAAGCUAGCAUUCUGAACACUUGUUUGAAAUAUUUUUCUUUUUUUCUAUGUAAAUGAUGACCAGUUUUUAUUGAUGGUCAUUAUUUUGUUUGUUUUGUUUUUUUUGGAUGGGAAGGGGAAGAUCAGGAAGUUGUUACUUCAAGAACUGAAUAUACCAAUACCUACAGAUUAUGAUAUUCUUUUGCUCUUUACAUUUUUUGUUACAUUCAAAACGUAUCCUGCCGUUCUUCAAACAUAAAAAUGCAAUUUAAAGGGAUUCUAUAGUGUAGGGAAUACAAAUCUGUAUUCCUUACACUAUAGAGCCCUCUGGUCUCCCUCUUACGAUGUCAAUUUUAAUUUCAGUUUGAUCUCAGUUUAAAUUUUUUAUUCUUUGCGGUUUCAAGGAGAAUGUGAACCAUAUACUUAAUCUUCCUCUAUAUAGUUAACAAAAAAGAGUUUACCUAUGAAUACAUUUUUGGCAGGCUACUGCAGUCACCUCAAUCUAUCCAUUGAUUUAUUUGCAUGUACUAUCCUACAGUUGUAGGUUUCCCUUCUCAGUUACUCUUGAGUUCUCAUCCAUUAAAACAGCAGGGACUGUAUUUUGGCACCACUAUGUGUGUGUGUGUGUGUGUGUGCAAAACUAUGUCUUAUCACAGAGAGCACAUGCAACAGCAACACACACUUAGUUUUGGAAUUUGUUUAUUCAUUAAAGCACGCAAAGUAAUAGAAGCACAUAAUAUCCCGCUCUUAGAGUUUCAGUUAUGUUUCUAAUGAACACAAUUUGUACAGCUUUCAGUUUAAAGGGACACUAUAUACACCCAGCACACUUCAUCUCAUUAAAGUGGUCUGGGUGCAAUGUCCCAAUCCCACUUAAUACUCCAAUUUAAAUCAUUGCAGUUUUUGAGAAACUGCAAUGAUUACCUUGCAGGACUAAGUGUCUCCAGUGGCUGUCAAUCACACUUGAGGCACUUCCUGGGUGCUAUCGGACUCUGAGUCCCCUAAAUGACGCUGGACGCCUUCACGCUCUGUAUUAGGACAUCCAGCAUCAGUUAAAUUCCUACAGGAAACUAUUAAAGCAGUGCUUUCCUGUGGGUAGGGCAUAAUGUGCCAACCCAACGCAGAUAGAUAUCAGGUGACUAAAGGUUUUUUGUUUUCUUAACCCUUUAGCUGCCUGGGUGAUAGUGAUAUGAUUUAUGUCAUGGAAUAUCUUGUAAGAUUCAUCUGUUAGGUUACUCUACAAAGCUCAAUAGAUCAGGAUGCCAGUUUAAGGAGGGCAUAUGUUUUUAGUAGACACCAGAUAUCCAACUCGGUAGGUAGGGGACCACAUUUUUCUGGAGCAGAGCUAACCUAUAUGAGUGAGAUUAAUCAGAGAUGCUGAACUUUAUUAAAUCUGUUUGGUAUUUUAUGUGGUUUAUUUGAACCCUGUCAUUUAGAAUGUACGCUUUUUUUUUUUCCUUUUCCCAGAUCCAGUAGUACUAAGACUAAUUAAUAGUCAUCUGAGAUUUCCCCUCAUUACCUAUACCAAUAAUCACUUUAAUUUUGAAGCUCUCCCUUAACAAAUAUUCCAUGACACGAUAAUUCUCUCAGAAACUACUGGCCAAUAUAAAGUGCCCUACUUAGAUCUACUAUUAAGAACCAGAAUGUUAGAACAACGCAGAUGUGGUCAUCAAUGGGUUAAAAUGCUUGUGUAAGCACAUUCCAAAAUAGUUUUUCUAAAUUAUGCUUUAUUAAUAGUGUUCCAAACUGAUAAAAGAAAUACGUACAGCAAAAAAGAGUCAAGGAGAAACACAAGAUGAGCAAGAUAUUAAAGUUCGUGACUUGCGAGACUUCAACAAAUCAAUCAACAAAAUGCUUGCAGAGUCAAUGGAGCAAAAUCCUGAUCUGAGUCAAGCUCUUCAGUUGUAUUUCCAACAGGUUUGUAGUUUUUAUAUUAAAAUACAAUUUAUUUACUCUACAACUACCGAAUCUUCAUAUAAGUAUGGUCCUGGAUGGUGAGAAAUGAAACAGGACUGAAUAUUCAAAAGGGACACUACAGCAUUUGUAGUGGUUAUGGUACCAUACAUUCCCUGGGGAGCCAUCCACUGGUAAUCUAUCAAAUGAUUUCCAAACAGUUUGACACUUACCUUACAUUUCAGUCUGGGCUGGUCAUUAUUAUACCAGCUUGUACUAGGUUUAGACUGUGUUCAUUAGCUGAGAGUGUGAGCUACAACACUUUGUAGUGGUUAUGGUUUCUAUAGUUUAUCUUUAACCCUUAAGGACUAAACUUCUGGAAUAAAAGGGAAUCAUGACACGUCAUGUGUCCUUAAGGGGUUAAAUAAAACUUAAAUGUAGACUCCUAAACUACAGUUCAAAUGAUGCAUUGCCACCUUUAGACUGGGUCUACCACUAGCCCACCCAAACAUCAACCUGCCUACAUAAAUCAGUAGUAAUGUAUCUACAGAGGGGUAGUUGUUAAUAUGGAAAACAAAAUGCAGGGUUUUUUUUAAAAAAAAUUUUAUUCUUUAUUUUUGGUAAGUCGAUGUGGUACAUUAUACAUUCGGUAAUAACAUUACGCACUAUAUGCAGCAAUAACAUGGGUAUGUACAUGUUCUGUUUUACAUUAAUAUGUUGCUUCUGUGAGAGGGUUUUUGCGUACUGACGACUUCAGGUUUUUCUUCGUUCUGCAUUCUCUUACCCCCUCCCGGUUCCUAGUCUCCCCAGUCUUCCAUACCCUUUCAUGUGCCUUUAGUGUACCUCUGAUUGGGGCUGCUAGUCGGUCCAUUACGUGGGCGUCUUAUCUUAUUUAGGACCAUGUUUAUCUAGGGAGUGAAAAUGCACAUAUGUUGUUGCUGUUGAUCCAAAAGAAGGCAAAAAACCUGGUCUGAAGCGCUUCCAAUUUUGCCACAAACUAGGAAAAAAUUCCUUCUUGACCCCAAAAUAGCAGUCAGAUGUGUCCUUGGCUCAAGCAGCUAUUACCCCACUAAUUAGAAAUUAUAUCCCUGUAUGUUAUGUUUUUGUAAGUAUUUAUCCAAUUUCAGUUUAAACAUCUGUAUGGACUCUGACAAAACCACCUCUUCAGGCAGAGAAUUCCAUAUCCUUAUUGUUCUUACUGUAAAAAACCCUUUUCUUUGCCUUAGAUCAGUGUUUCCCAACCCAGUCCUCAAGGCACACCUACCAGUCCAGGAUUUAGGGAUUACCCAGUUGUGUCUAAGGUGUUUUUACAAAGAAGAAAAAAAACACCUUAGACACAACUGGGUAAUCCCUAAAUCCUGGACUGGUAGGUGUGCCUUGAGGACUGGGUUGGGAAACACUGCCUUAGAUGAAAUCUCCUUUCUUCCAGCCUAAAUGUGUGACCUUGUGUCCUAUAUGUAUAGCCCUGUUUAUGAAUAGAUUUCCAGAUAAGGUUUGUUCUGGCCCCGAAUAUAUUUGUAUAAAGUUAUCAUACACUCUUUUCUUUUUAGUUUGGUUUGGAAAUCCCUACUAGCAAUUCAACUCCAGGAAGUUCAAGAGGAAGUUCAUCAAGAAGCUCACUCUUAUCAGUCCGGUAAGUUUAAAAAAAAAAAAAAAAUGCUUUCUCUUCUCAUGGUUUGAGUAUGAACUACCUCUUGGCAAAACAGAAGACCCGUUCCAUGCUGUCCACAUCAGACUUAGCAUUGUGAUGUGAGCAGGGUUUAAUUCCUGCUCACACAAGGUAGCACCUUUAAGAUUCUAUAUACUAAGCCUUGAUUUAAAUUUACUUGGAUCGUCAUUUUAAAUGAUCCUAACCUGUUAAGAAAAAAACAAAAAAAAAAACUUUCUAAUGACUUAUCUACAAGAACUCACAGACUUUUAUGGUGAUUUCUGUAGAUAAAUGAUUUGAGAGGUUUUUCUAACAGAUUGUGAUCAUUUGAAAUGCUGACCCAAACGGAUUAAAGGGUUUACUCCAACACUUUAUUUUCAAGUAGAUUGCUCUAUCAGGUAAGUGUCCUAUUGACAAUAAAUAUAUAUAUAUAUAUAUAUAUAUAUAUAUAUAUAUACAUAGACACCUGAAGGGUGGACAAUGGCACAGUUUUUCUAGCCUUUAUUCAGAACGAAUGGUUUCGAUUACCCUUACUAGUUUUGUAGCUUCCCUCUGCACUUUUUCUAAUUCUGCAAUAGCCUUCUUCAAAACUGAUGCCCGAAAUUGUACCAAAAAUUCAAAGUGGGGUCCUACCACUGAUUUGUUAAGAGGCAAAAUUAUAUUUAUAUCAUGUGAAUGAAAAACUCUUUUUAGACACUAAAGCACUGUAUUGGCUUUUGCAAGUUCCCUCCAUAGUGUUCAAAAAAAAUGUUUAAUUUGUUUUUACGCCCUUUCUAAAUGCAGUUUGUCUUGUUGGCAUACUCCCUUCCUCUUUCAGCACUCUACUCUUAACCAAGGAGGCUAAGCAUUAUCAGUUGGCACUUAGCCAAUGAGCUAGCACGGCUUCUAGCUCUGAGCACCGGAAAUAGAUGCAGUGAACAUCACCAGAUCGACCUUGUGUAAAAUGGGCACUCCUUGCACCAUAAAAGCUACAGUAUGCUGUAGUGCUUAUGGUGUAUUGAGUAUUCCUUCAAUAUAAAACACUAAAUGAAGAUGUCAAUUAUAUGAAAAACUGAACUGUAUUUCUGAUUUUGUUUUGUAGAUCAAACUCUUCUAGAUCUUCAUCUAGUUCAGGUACUUCUCCACGUAUUAAAGUGCUUGAUAUUGGCCUACCUCCUGCUUCUCCCUCAUCAAGUAUCUCAUCAACUCGCAGCUUGAAGACUUCUACCAGAGAAGGAUCUCAAAAGGGUCACAAAUAGUAAUGAUGUCAAAUGAAAAAUUACACUUGAAGGCAAAUAGUAUAAGCAACCCUUUUUAUUGUUGUCUCAAUACCAGACUCUUCCCUUAUUUACAACAAAAAAAAUAAUGUGUAAUUCAAAAAUUAUUUUUACUUCAGGAGGUAUACUUAAUCACAAAACACAACCCAGCUUGUAAAGGCAUUUAUUAUUCUCUUAAAAUAAAAGUGAUAAAAUUGUACUCCUGCAUUAAAACAGUGUUCUUCAGAACCGCUUGCAACAAAAGCAAGUAUUACAUGAUAACUUGCUUUCGCACAGGUAAGUAAAUCACAACUGCACGGCAGUCCCUGAGAGUAUCUCGAGUAAAAGGUUUCAAUUACCUUUUUCUUCUUCAUAUAAACAACUCAAAUUGAACACUUGAAAAUAAAAUUAGCACACUACUUAGCAAGGUGAAACUUUAUUAAGAAUACAAGGCCUUUUAUCACAAAUUGGACUUCACAAUUCAUGGACAUGGCUUACAAUGUUAAUUUAAAUCAAUAUUAAUAUAAACACGGCAACAAUGGAAUUGAGAAUGCAGUGAGUUUUUCCAGCCGUUUGGUCCUCCAAACACAGAACUUUGUACAAAAGGCUUUAGGAGCAGCUAGUGAUGUAAUAGCAGAAAGGUUUACUUUUUAAAUGUGCACCUAUCGAUAAAUAUCACCACCUCAGGCCCAGUGAGAAUACCCGGUUAAUUAGCCCUUCGUUCAGGAAGAUUGACUCACCUUGCUCAUAAAAAGAUAUCCUUCAAAAACCGACCUGUGUGCUAAACCUUGAAAACAGGUUCAGGGACAACUGCAUUAGAUAAGGCAUUUUUCUUUCAUCCUUUAUAAAAAUAGGUAAUGUUUACCACCCACUUAAAAAAAAAGUGUAAAAACAAAAACAAACUGCUAGUUUUUCAAAUAGAGGUUUGCAUACCAAAAUUGAUCCUGAAUCAGGUGAUUAAAAUUGGUAUUUAAUGAUUGGCAAGUUUUUUUAUUAUAAUGCACACAUUUCAUUGGUGUUAGAGCGACAGAUAGUACAACAUGGUUUUAUGCAUUUCCUGCUAAUUUUGCUUGCUGCCCUUUUCCUUCUCAAACUCUGCAAUCUGGCUAAGAAUAUUUAAUAAAUUUCCAGGCAAAACCUUGGCAGCAGAUGUAUUUCCAUUUUGCGCUUUAUCGUUUUCCAGUCUCCUUGCAUUUUCUUUACAUGGUGUAUCUGAUUGGAGUGAUCUAGAACUCUUUGAAGUAGACUGCUUUUCAGCAGAAUCAGAUUCUGACCUUCUAUUGUAAUAUUUAUGACCUUGAUAUUGUUUGGGGUAGUCAGGUCUGUCCUCUGUUUUCUUGUAGCAGUAGUCCGUAGAAUCUCUUCGACUAGAUUUGUAUUUACUACUUUUAGCCUCGCUAUUUGUCCUGCUGCUACUAGCUUGAGUUUUUGCACUGCUGUAUGAAUCCCGGGAAUCUUCAGACCUGCCUCCAUAAGAUUCCAAGAUCUCCACAGAUGAAGAGGACAAAGAUCUGUAUCUUGCUUUGUCAUUUGAAAACCUUCUACAAGAGGCAGCCUUUUCACUUUCUUCUAGACCUUUUUUCAUAUCACACUUGCGGUUUAGAAAGGAAGCUGAUGUGUCUGCCGGAGGACUGUAAGAUUCUUCAUCCUUAUGUAAAGGAGCAUUAGAAGAAUAUUUUUUAGAUUGACUUGAGGAUUCUGAAUUUCUUUUACGCCUCUUCUUUUUUUUAUGCUUUUUAUGACUGUAAGAGGAUGAAUCUGAAGAGCAAGAGGUGUCUGAGGAAGAACUACUUGAUGAAGAUCGCUGUCUGUGUUUCCUCUUCCUAGAACAUCAACCAUUAGAAUUUCAGAAAAGCCACCUUGUAUCUAGUAACUACAUUUAACAUUGCUUAGACUCUCCAAUUUCAGCUGACACAUGUUUUCCUACCCAUUAAGAUUAGUAAAGUGCUAUAUACCACAAUAUAAACCAUACCUUCUUGACACUCCUUUACACAGAUAAUUAAGAUGAAUUGAUAAUAAUGGGAAAAAAAAUAGCCAUCUCUGUGUUCCUAUAACAAUGAGAGCUAAAUGACACAGGAGGGAAAAAAAAAAUUCCAAAUAUUGGUAGUAAUCCAUCAUAGCAUUUGCAUUCCUUUCUAGUCACCAUUUCUAUUCCACGUGGCUAUUUUAAAUCAUACCUGUGUCAUUGUUUCUGAAACCAUAUGAUGUGCAUACCUUUUCUCUUCUUUUAGAAGUUUACGCAAUUUUUCUGCGCUUGUUUCGAUUUUCUUUUCUUUGGGUUUCUCUUCUUUUUCAUCAUGUGUCUCUCUUUUUUCCAAAGAUUUCUUUUUUUAAACCCAGUUAUCAAAAAAGAAAUGUUAAUAAAAAUAUUCCAGAGGAAAUAUCAGUAUACACCCCACCCCAGAAAUGGCAAAUAUUAAAACCAAUAAAUUAAGUGUGCAGUUGGCAAAGAUCACGUAAAAAAAAUAAAUGUAUAGUGCAAGCAACCAUUUCCCAGUUACAAAAGGUGUAUGUUAUUUAGAUGGUAAUAAAAUAUCAUGGCACAAUGGUGUAUUGUAAAAAUAUUUCAGUAAUGUGCCAGUGGAAUGAAAGUCAAAAAAUAUGUAGGAGCACAAUAUCCAGAAGAACAAUUUUGUACAAAAGUUUAGUUUGAAAUUGAUCAACAGUAAUUGGAUUAAAUAAUUUAUUUCAUACAAACCAGUUAUUGAAAGACGCAGGUCCAUUAAAAAGGUGGUGGGUUACGAAUCACAGUCCAGUUUCAAUAUGUAAAGAGCAAUAAUGGAUAUUCACAGCCACAGCAUCAACCGUUCAAAGCAGGAGGAGAUACACAUAGGAAAAAUACAUCAUCAGUAUUACAGGAAUAAAAUAAACACCUUUUAUCAUCAAUAAACAGUACUUAGGGUGGGAAAGGGGGUAAUAUAUCUGGGCUACUAUUUAAAAGAAUAAGAGCUCAAGCCCAGUAUUUAUUUUGGGAAACUGUAUAUUGUUUUCUUCCCCAAUAGUUCAGUUGUAUCUGUACUAGCUAGGAGGAGAUUGAGAGAAUAUAAAGGAUCACCUGCAUGCAUUGGCGCACUUUAUUUAAUGCCUCUUCGGCUUCUGUGAAGGUCUUGUCUAUACUCAAUGCUUUCGUGUAAUAACUUUCAGCAUUCGGUAGUUUAUCUUCUUCUUCCAAC